AUGUGUAUAAAAGACACGUGUCCACAGAGUUUCUGUAUCUUCCGUUCAAACCUCACCACCGUGCGCAAGACCAAAGAGCUGUCAAAGGAAAUCAGGUACAAGAUUGUAGACCUGCAGAAGACUGGAAUGGGCUACAAGACUAUCAGCAAGAAGCUUAGUAAGAAGGAGACAACUAGUCUAAAAUCCCAUCAACGUAUUCACACUGGAGAGAAACCAUACAGCUGUGACCAGUGUGGAUCAGCUUUUACACAGUUGGGGCAUCUAAAAUCCCAUCAACGUAUUCACACUGGAGGGAAGCCAUACAGCUGUGACGAAUGUGGGUCAGCUUUUACAUGUCUGGGGAGUCUAAAAGUCCAUCAACGUAUUCACACUGGAGAGAAACCGUUUUGGUGUGAACAGUGUGAGAAAACUUUCACAAAUUCAAGUGGACUAAAAGUCCAUCAACGUAUUCACACUGGAGAGAAACCGUUUUGGUGUGAACAGUGUGAGAAAACUUUCACAAAUUCAAGUGGACUAAAAGUCCACCAUCAACUUAUUCACACGGAAGAGAAGCCGUACAGCUGUGACCAGUGUGGGUCAGCUUUUAUAUAUUUGGGGAGUCUAAGAAAGCAUCAGCGUAUUCACACUGGAGAGAAGCCGUACAGCUGUGACCAAUGUGGGUCAGCUUUUACACAUUUGACGAGUCUAAGAAACCAUCAGCGUAUUCACACGGGAGAGAAACCGUUUUGGUGUGAACAGUGUGAGAAAACUUUCACAAGUUCAAGUGAACUAAAAGUACAUCAAUAUAUUCACACAAGGGUGAACAUGUAAGUCUGGGCCUAGUGUCAGUGUGUGUCUACACCAUGUAAUCUACAAACCCACCACUGCAUGUUUCUGAGCUCUGAACAUGGCAUGUGCACAAAUCUAACAAUGUGUAAAAGUCCUGUUUUGAUUGUGAAGGUCUUCAUGAUGAUUGCUGGGGUGAACUGUUAGAGGUAGAUUUCACACUGCUUUUAACAGAUAUUUUAAGACUUGGUUUAUACACAACUUAGUCCAUUG